AUGUAUAGGGACCACUUGCAUAAUAUAUCGCAUCAGACCAGUUACGAGGAGUUCUUCGACACGUCUAGCCAUCCGUACCAGACGUCGUACGUCGGCGACGACUCGCGCCAGUGGGACAGCGGCGGGCAGUACUUCUAUGAUGACUCGUACGGUCUCAAUGCGCUAGAGUUUGAGAACACUGUCAAUAAGAGACGGUCUUCUGUUGUUCAACUGCCGCAAGUGCCGCCUAAACCUUUGGUGCCAUCGUCUCGGUACUCCGACUACAAUGAGAUGGCGCCGUACAGACCGCGGCCGCGACGGACAGCCGCGAGUCUUCCAGCCACGCCGUCGUCCACGCCGAAGCGAGGCCGGUCGCUGCCCGUGCCGCCGGGCAGCGAGUCGGGCUCGACGCGUGGCAGCCGCGGCCGCCGCCUGCCGCAGCCGCCGACGCCGGUCAACUCCGGCCCGACAUACAGCUUCUCCCGCGCAAGACGCGCACCCUCCGCCUCCACGCUUACGCACGUGCCUUACGUAUCUGAACCUGAGAAAACUAUUCCUGACGUGAGUUAUAGUUACGAUAGCUACAGCAGCCGACAAGACUACGUCACUGCCACUGAUCAAUAUAAUCAGGAUACUAAUUAUAAUACAAAUUAUGAUGAAGAUGGGAUGCAACCUUUCUUCGAUGAAACGCCCCACGCGACUCCGCCUGCAGCUGCUCAAAAGACACCAUGGACUGAAACAGAAACAGUGUCACAGUUUACAUACCCUAUUACUAGUGAAAUCGAUUCGUUAAUAAAUAAAUCCGCGCCAACGACAAUGUCGUAUGACUUACCGCAAAUACCUGUGACGAGUCAACAAGAAACGUAUCAAACGCAUAGUUAUCAAUACGAUUCACAGUACGAAAGCCAACAAUAUAGCUAUAAUCAAAAAGACCAACAGUACCAAGACCAAAAGUACCAAGACCAAAAUGACUAUCAAGAAACUCAACAGCAAGAUUAUGACUAUGACUCACAGUUUUCAUCGCAGUAUCAUACGACAGAAUCAGAGCCAAUUGUUGAUCAGAAAUUUGGACAGCAAUAUCAACAAAGUCAACAAUAUGAGCAAGAUCAACAAUACCAACAGGAUCAACAGUUUAAUUUAGAUCAACAGUACCAACAGGAUCAGCAAUACCAACAGGACCAACAAUUUAAAUUAGAUCAAAACUUUCAACAAGAUCAGCAAUACCAAAGAGACCUUCAAAGUCAACAGUACCAGCAAGAUCAACAAUUUCAACAAGAUCAACAGUACUUACAAGAUCAGCAGUAUUUGCAGCAGAACGAAUUGCAAAAGCCGCAACAGUUGCCAUUCCAACAGCAACAUCAGUUGCAAUAUCAGCAACAGCAACAGCAACAGCAGCAGCAACAACAACAACAACAGCAGCAGCAACAACAGGCAAAGCAACCUGCGCAACAACUUCAGACUACUGUUCUUACUGGUGCAGCUACUUUAGGUUCAUUAAUGGCGGGUGGUGCGAAGAAAUUAGGUAGUUUCUUUGGUGCAGCAGCAGCAGCAGUGGCUGCGCCUGCAGUAACCCAGCCUCCUCAUACAACACCCGCCACGACUGCCCCAACAAGCCAGUUUAUUUCUACCGCAGCUCCUGUCACGCCAUUCACGAGUACCGUGUCAGUGACAACAUCCGUCCCAGAAGUAUCUUCCUCAGUCCCAGUGACAACAGUGACAACGUCAGCUCCUGUUUCAUUACCGCGUGUUCCUUCUCUCAGGAGACAGGAAUCUAUACAAAGGCCUUCGGUGCGUCGAAUACGGACAUUACCAGAUGCACCCGAAGACUUAGCCCAGUCGAGUUUCGACGAAAGUGCCUACGAGGACGAGUAUCAUAAGACUGAAUUCGAUCAAACAACAGACCGCGAUAGGACCUCUUUGGACAGGUAUCGUGAUGAUGAUUAUGCGCAUGAUACCAUCCUUGAAGAAGCCCCUGAAGAAAGGCGUUUGUCACAACCGCCGAGUCCAGGCUUGCAAAAGCAGGCGUCACCGACAAGAACUGUUAAUCAAAUAAGGAAACCUUCAGUAGACAGCUACCACAGUCAGACGCCGUCGAUUGUUGAUCGUAGAACCUCGCAAAGUUCUUUUCAUCAUGAAGAUAAACUUACUGUACCGACAACACAAGAAGCCGAAAUACUCACGGAUAAAACCAAAGUCACGUUCGAUGACCGAACAACAUACCACGAGGUGCCCGAAGAACCUGAUGGGUUUAACGAAUCUGAGCAGUAUGACGAUAAUGUCGAAGAAUACAGAGAUGACGAGUUCCCUGACCAAGACGAUACGUUUAGGGAGGAGAGGGAGAAGUUCGAUGGUCAGGAGCAGUUCCAAGAGACUGAUGAACAGUAUCAAGAAGAAGACAGUGUGUUCCGUGAGGAAGAGGAAAGGGCUGAAGAAGAGAGGCUGGAUUUCCAACCGGAACAGCCGAAGCUGACCGCGAAGCAGCGAUGGCAUCGGGCCUACAACAAAAUCGUGAUGCAGUUGAACGGUUACAAGACAAACGCAUAUACUGAACCGUUAGCACUGCGUCCCGUCGUGAUGGUAAGCGUAUUACAGUGUAGGAAAAUGGCUGCGCGUUGUUAUACGGUCCUCGAACGACCUCAGGACAUGACCUUGAACCUUAAUGAGAGGGCUUUGCUGUUCACUGAAUGA